GCUAAAUCUCCUCCAUAUAAUUUCUUUCCAGGGAUGCCACUGGUGGCUAUAGCAUACAUUGUUUCCAUCACUCCCUCAAAGCAGGGGAGGGGCAUUAAGCACAACACUGGUAUUGGGUGGGAUCUAAAGGAUUUCCAGACUAUAAAAACUGUAGCAUGGAUUUAUUUCACCAUUCACCAUUGAUUGAUCUUUUACUUAAAACGGCUCUCACUUUUGGAUAAGAUACUCCCUCUUGUGUUCGUGUGAAGCCAAUGGGUAACCUAUCCUACAGACUCUUGAGACAUGAUGAAAUUCCCAACCAAGUCAAGACAUUCCAGAUACUGGAAUUAUCCAAUGCCUGCAACAUUAGGGAUUUCCAGUCAUUUUCUGCGGCUCUUGAUGAAGGAAUUGGAUGUCUCAGUAACAUCUGCAGGUCCCUCUUAGAUCACCCCACUGCCAUGUGCAAUUACGAUCAACUCAGGGAAUAUAUUGUACACGCUGAACAGUGCAUGGGAAAGGCAGAAAAAAAUAUUAAUGAAAAGCUGGGAAAUUUGGAUCAACGCAUGGAGCAACUUAUCAGAGAGAAACACAAUGCUGAGCAGCAGAAGAAAGAAAAGAGCCUGGCUGUCGAUAAGUUACAAAUAGAGAAAAGGUCUGCUGAAGAAUCAUUAAAGAAUUCCAAGGUAGCUUUGGGACAGGCUAGACGAAAUGUAGAAUCAGCUCAACAUGCUCUAAGUGUAACAAAAGAUAGGAUCUACACAAGUCGAGGUGUAGCAAUUGCAGGUGGGAUACUGCUUGCAUUUCCAUUUAUUGGAUGGAUUGCUGGUCCUAUAAUGCUGAUUGAGGGACUGCAGCAAUUGAACGAGGCUUCAAAUUUUCACAAUGCUGCUGAAGAGGACAGGCAAAUGUAUGAAUCGAAAGUAAGCGAGUGCAACGAAAGAGUUUUGGAAUAUGAGGGAAAAAUUGUUCUUGCUCAGAAUGAAAUUGAGAUGACCAGUGUGGCACUGAGAAAUGUCGAGGGGAUGAUCGAAAAGGUUCAAAAGGAUCUGAAGGAUACUGCCAAUGAUCAGCAAAUGGUCAGAAGAGCUGUGAAACUUCUGGGUGAUCUUAGUGGAAGGGUCACUGUACUGGAGAAGCAAACUCAAAAUGUCAUUUUCUUGGAGCCUGUGGUAAAUAUCAUGGAAAAUGUGAUGAAUGCAGUAGUAAUUAUUGCUAAGAAUCAGCUGUAUUGUAGUGAUCGUGGCCUCAUAAAUACAUUGAGGGAGAAUGUUGGAAAACUACAGGUUGUAUGCAAAUCUCCCGCAGUGACUAUGAUGGAUAUGUUUGAUAAUCUCUAUUAAACCCAUGUAACAGCGAUCAUGAAAGAAAAAAAAUGUUUUUUUAGAAACCACUCCAAGUAACAGAGAACAGAGAGCAAAUUAUGUUGUAAAUUCACAAUGCUGAUUUUAAUGACAAUGUAAUUGGGUUCAAAUCUUAUUUGUGUUGCUUUUAAGAGAUCUUAAAUACUUUCAUGUCUUACUCUAUUAUCAUCAUAAAUGACAUGUGGGAUAAUGGAUUAGACGAGGAUAGGCUUAAUUAUUUUAUUGAUUUGACAAAGUGGGAGAAUUUCUUUUAACCUCAUUUCUAAAUCAUGAUGUUUUUCCAAAUACAGAAAUGGUAAAAUAUUACACACAACAAAGACAUUAAUUGAAUUAAAAAUGUUAACUUGAUAUGCCUGUUUAACACUUUGUAUUGCUUUGGUGCAAUUUCCACCAUCAAAUGCAAAUAUCUGUUAUUUUCAAAACUACUAAUAUUAUACUAAAAUCACAAUAAAUCAUCAAAAGUGCACUUUUCUCAAACGUUGCAGCAUUUUUCAGCUGUGUUACCCCAGUGAAAAAUAAACAUAUGAAAAUGUAUUUUAAAUACAUUUAUUUCAUGCUAAGUGUACUACAAAACCAUUUACAUAUUGAUGUACUUCCCAUAAAGAUCUUAAAUAACUUAAAUUUUAAUGAUCAAAUUACUUGAAAACAAUGCAAAUCCUCCUGUUAUUUUGUUUACCAGCAUUUUUCUUUUACCCGAGGCUGGUGGUCCACAGAGGGCGGAAAUCGUCAUAAAGUUUGAGAAAACAAAAGUUAAAAAAGAUGCUACGAUUGGUCAGUUCCCUUUCUGUCGGUCUCUCGACGUUGUGUCGAGCCGACAGAUGGGGUUCGUCCUUGAGAACCAAUCACUUCCGACUUCUUAGAAAAGGCCAAUGAAAAAUUGGCGAAUGAAAUUUGCAUGCCGGACUCCGCCCCCGGACAUCCGGGUAUAAAAGGGAGACGGCGUGCCUCAUUCAUUCACCUUUUGUUCUUCGGAGCCUUCGCUCGUGAUCAACAGACUUCGCUACAAGACUGCCGGCUCUACGACGUGGUGCAGCGGACGGUCCCUUCCUGCAGCGACUUCCCCUGGCGUCUCAGCGGUUCCAGAAGUGUUCGAGUUUUUUUCUCUAAAAGAGCAAAUUUCUCCAGCGUGGCAUGUCUCGCUGUUCUCUUGGGUGCAACACACUCAUGGAGGAGGGGGACGGACACGAUGUCUGCUUCCAGUACACUGGGGCAGAUGUUGUGGAUACGUCUUGCCCGCACUGCGGGCGGCUGACGAUUCAGACGUUGCGUCACGGGUGGUUGUGUUCCCACGGGACUCAGCCACCACCUUGUCUGCUUCCAGUUCCGUGACGGCAGGACUACGGCCCUGCCGCCCGCUACGGCGAGCAGCGAGGGUGAUAUGAGGAUUACUGUGAGCGCUAAUCCGUCAGCCACUGGCUCGCGGACCUUUCGCACCUCGCUUUGCUCGUCUGACCGUUCCCCAUAAGACGGUCCGCCGUCUUAUUCCUCAAUCAUGUAUCGGACACGGUACGUGAUGAUGAGGUGUUUGUUGCAGCAUCGGAGGGUGACUUACUGGCAUCAGACUCCGACGAUUCCUUGAAGCUCCCUCCCUCGGGGGGUCGAGAUCAGGAAAAAGCGGAUGUCGAAAUGUCAGCCAUGCUUUCCCGGGCCGCCAGCUAUGGGUUGCGGUGCACCGCACUGCCUCUCCCAACGCUCGCGGCUGGAUACACGGUACAUCGGGCUUGAGAACGGCUCCAAGCCGCACUCGCCCCCAGUGCCGUGUUCCCCCGUAAGUGCAUGAGGAACCUAGUACGACCUGGAACGCCCCCUUCGGCGCGUACACAUCAACUAGUUCCAUCGCCCUAUCUUCCCUCGAUGGUGGGGCAGCUAGAGGAUACGUCGAUGUCCCCCCGGGGCUCGACCUAGACUCCCGUCCAAAGCACGUAGGCUUUUCGGCAUCUGAGGUGUCGAGAGCUUACUCUGCUGCGGGCCAAGCUGUCCCCUCUCUCCAUGCUAUGGCCUUCCUGCAGGCCAAUGCGCGGAGAGAGCUCCACGAGGGUAAGACCGACCCAGCACUAUGCAGGAACUCCGCGGCUUCACCGAACUCGCUCCGGCGAACAAGGUGAUCGCGUGGGCCCUGGGUCGGGCGAUGUCCACACUUGUGGUCCAGGAGAGACACCUCUGGCUGAACCUUGCACAGGUGAGUAACUCUGAGAAAGUCCGCUUUCUCGAUGCACCCAUCUCGCAAGGGAGGGCUGUUUGGUGAUACUGUCGGGUUCGACAGUUAGGGAGCAGACAGAGGAUAUC